AUGGAUAUGUUUCGCACAGCUAUCUUGCUUUCUCAUAAAUAUGGAAUUAAUGUUGAUGGUUAUCCUAUUAACUAUAGUAUUAUCGAAACAGUGACUGAUAUUAAUGGAUUUUCUGCGCUUCAUCUUAUAUGUGAGCAUAUUAGUGAUCCUAGAAAGGCAAGCAUUGUAGGCAUUGUGGGACCAGCUACUUCUAAUGAUGUUCGAUUUCUGGCUCCAUUCGCCGCUCAAAUUGGUUUACCAUUCGUUUCAUAUGGUGCAACCAAUGAUGAUCUUUCCGAUAGUCGACUAUAUCCAACUUUUUAUCGUACUGUACCAUCAGAUAGUUUUCUUGUUGAAGCGAUUGUUGAACUUUUCGAACAAUUUUCAUGGAAAACAUGUAUAAUAAUUUGUGAAAAAAGUGAUUAUGGUUACGGUGGAUUGAAAUUAAUAUCUGAACACCAUAAUAGAAGACUAUGCAUUAAAGACCAAUUGACAUUUGAUACACGUUCAAAUAGAUUUAAUGUUGAUUUAAAAGAAAAAUUAAAAAUGAGUCGAUCACGUAUUGUACUCGUUUGGGCAAAUCAGAGUACAUCGACGGUAAUCAUUCAACAUGCUCUUAAAGCAGAUCUCGUCGGUGGCUCAUUUGUAUGGGUGACGACCAAUCAGGUGAUAUUGACCGAAUUCAAUGGAACUGAUCGUCAGAAACUGAUAGGUCUUCUCACAGUAAUGCCAAUACACGGUAGUGAUCUCGCAGAAGGUGUUAAUCAAACACUUCUUAACGAUGCUCUUGCUAUCUGGCGCAAUUCAACAGAUUACAAAAGCAGUUAUCCAGCUAAUUUGACUGGCAUCAGUUCAUUUGCUAUGUUUACUUUUGAUGCUGCAUGGAUAUUGAUUGAAGCGCUCAACAAAUUAUCAUCGGACGAUAGUCCUUCACUUGUUACCACACCAUUUUGCUUCAACAGUUCAUUAAUGAACAGUAAUAAUUAUCAUAAAAAUCUUGAAGAAAUCUAUUUCUCUGGUGUUUCGGGUAUUGUCCAAUUUGCGAAAAAUGUUUCAAAUAAUCGUAUUGGUUCCACUUAUUAUGUACUCUAUAAUGUACAACCAACGAGAAUCACUUCAACCAAUCUCAAAUAUAGAAAAGUGUUGAAAUGGUCUGGAACAGGAGAGAAAUGGAAGAAUUUUAAUCAUUCUCAAACGAUUGGUAUCAUUUGGCCUCAGAAUUCCAAUGAAAUACCACGUGAUUAUCUACUAAUUGGAGUUCCACGAGGUACACCUUAUCAUAAAUUAGUCAGUAUGGUAGCUGAAAAUAAUAGUCAAUGGGAUAUUAGUAUAUCAGAUACUCGAAUCACUACCAAUCGUCUAGAUAGUGUUGACUUUUCAGUGCCAAUUCAUGAGAAUACAAUUCGUGUUAUUAUUCGUGAUAAUUCAUAUUCGUCGGCUUUCAGUCUCUUUUCAUUUCUUAGUCCAUUCACAUGGGAUGUCUGGCUCGUUCUUGCCGCACUGAUCAUCUAUUCAGGUGUUCUUCUUUAUUAUUUUGAACAAAAGAGUAAUACCAAUGAAAUUAAUCAAACGAAGAACUUUCGAGUUACUAUUAUUGAACUAUGUCAAAUGUUGAGUAAUCUUAUGAGUUUUGAUCAUGGUUUUCAUUUGACUCGAAUGUCUAGUCGAAUAAUAAUAAUUGGUCUAAAUGCAUUGGGCACGAUUAUUGUGGCUAUUUACACGGCUAAUCUAUCUUCAUUUCUCACAUUGAGACGAACUCAACCUUUGAUUUCAGGUAUUGACGAUAUUAAAAAUGGUCGAUUACCAUUUUCGAGAAUUGGUAUUCUAACAAAUUCUGCUACUGCCGAUUAUUAUGUUCAAAAUAUAUCGUCAAUCUAUUUUCCUCUAUCAACUAGUGACGAAAUCUUUGCACGAUUGCUUGACAAUAGUAUUGAUGCCGCUUUAUGGGGUUCGUCUGUACUCGAAUAUACUACUGCGAAUUAUUUUUGUCAACAAUUAACUGUAGUUGGUGUUGGAGCACUCAAAUCAUCCAUUGGCAUUGUUAUGCAUAAAGAUUGGGAAUACAAAGACACUUUAAACCGGAACAUUCAAACGAUGCGUGAUUCAGGAAUUUUAGAACAACUCGAGAAAAAAUGGUUUGGACAACAUAAAUGUUUCGAUUCAUCAAAAUCAUUAUAUGGAAAAGAUGAAACAGGUGGAAAACAUGAAAAUGAUAAAUUUUCACUUGAUAUGAUGGGUGGAUUAUUUAUUACAUUUAUAUUUUUAUCUAUCAUAGCACUUUUCUUACAUUUCUACCAUGUUCGAAUUACUAUCGUCGCUUCAAUUCGAUUAUAUAUUAAACGAAUGAAAAUAUUUUUUCGAAAAAUCAUCACUUUUGAUUAG